AUAAAUAUAUAAAUAUAUAAAUAUAUAAAUGUAUAUAUUUAUUUUUUUAUUUCUUUAAUAUCCUGUUUGUAAAAACAAUUGUUUCUUCAUUGUAAUUCCACUAAGUGCCAGGAUUUGGAACAUGUUUUCCAGUUCUGCUUAUUGGACUUGUUACGCUAUGUCUGCUAGUUAGGAUGAUAAAAAUAUAUAUAUAUACAUACAUAUAUAUAUAAAAGAGAGAAAGAAAACAGAAAAUAUCCUAAAUAUACUCUAUAUCGUUAAUGAAUCCACGAUGGAAAUCUACCAUUCUAAGAUAUAUGAAUUGUGUGCAUCUGGCAGUGCUGUCGUACUGCAGAGCCUGCACUGUGCAACAUGGCCGACAUCGAGGAACACAGUCGAGCUACUGAAGACAAAGAAUCUGAAACUCAAGUAUUAUCUGUAGAAGAUAACUCGUUGAAGGGAGGACGCAACCGCAUUUGUAAGCAGUGUAAAUUUACAUGCAAAGACUCUCGAGAGUUCUCGCAGCACCAGUUAUCUGCCCACGGUGAAUCGGAAGAUAGCCAUUGCAUUCAAAACUCCGUAUCCAACAACAACAACAACAGCAGCAACAGCAGCAACACCACUGGUAACAAUACAUAUCGAAGAAACAGUGCCAAAUCUUGCAGCCCUCAGAUUGGGAACUCUAAGCCUGAUUUCUUUAUCAACAGUAACAACAACAAUAACAUUUAUAAGAUGAGCCGAGAAGAGGACGAUGAAAAUUCUGACCACAUUUACAGGGAUACUGAGGAUGAUGAACUAGAAGACCGAUUAAUAAUAGCUGAAGACCAAGAUGAUUCCUUUUCCCAUACUCCAAUAAGAAGUGGCAAUAUUCAAAACCGAACGUAUAUCUGCCCUUUUUGUGAUUUUUCAUCAACUAGUGCAAAAAUUUUCUUGCAUCACCAGAAAGAUAUCCAUGGAAAAGACUUCACCAUUUAUGAAUGUGAUGUGUGUGAUUAUGCAACUAAAUACAAACAGAAACUUCCUCGUCAUCGUAAGCUUCACUUUCCUGGCCUUGAGUUCAAUUCUAGCUCAGUAGGUGUGUUGGGGCCAAUAACUUUGACAGGGGAAAACACCCAGGAUACCUCUGACAUUAUCAUAACAUCUGAAGUGGAUAUCAGAAAAAGAGAUGAAGAAAUGGAAGAUGAAUUAGAUGAUGAAGAUAUGGAAAUAGUUAUGGAAGAGGGAAAUGGGAUUGACGACUCCCAGAAACAGAAAACAAAGCGCACACGUCAAGAAGUUGACCCUGCAAAGUAUAUUGAGGUUAUGGAUGAUGUUGGUAUUAAGUAUUCUUGUUCAAAGUGCGGAAAUAUUUAUAAAUGGCGCAAGUCUCUAAACAAACAUUGGAAAGAAAAGCAUGCUGAUGAGAAACUAGAUGGUAUUAAGCAAAUUUCAUCUCCUCACAAUCCAGUGAAACUGGGAAAUACAAAAAUUACUCAUGAAAUGAAUCGGAAGGACUCGUGUGAAAAGCUCAUUUACAAAAAGGAAGGCCAAUCAAACGGUUACGCUGAUGAUGGUAGAGUGUGUCAUGAAAUAUCAGGAGUCAGUGAUUGUGUUAUGCCUAAGAUGAUUGGACCAUUUGUCACUAACUCUUACAUAUCCGUCUACUCAACACAAAAUGGUCAAUCUUCCGGUCAAGCAAAUUCAGACCAAGGAGUACUUGAUUUAUCGAGGAAGACACCGACAUCUCUAUCAACCAACACACAGCGAGAACCAAUUGACUUCUCGUUUAAAAAGGAACCUUAUCCUUCAGCUAAUGUCUCAGGAGUCAUGUCUAUAAAAGCUGAACCGAUUUGGGAUAAUGAACAGGACAUGACUGAGGGUGGGGAUGAUCAAAAACAAACAUCUCCAGUUUUACAGUGUCCAAGGUGUUCGUUUGUUGCAAAAACUUUUAUCGAUUACAGUUCCCACAUGGCAGUUCAUCUAAAUAAAAGGGCAUUUAAAUGUGCAGAAUGUCAGCAGCAUUUCAAUUGUGUAGAGGAACUAAACAAGCAUUUCGCUGAGGUCCAUGUUAAAAAGAUUCACGAACAUAGAGACGUAAUCCAGAAAAUUCCACAUGGACUUCAACAAACUUACCAUUUACUACGCAUGCCAUUGUCUUCGAAUGAGUUUAAUUGUACUGAACAGCGUCAGUUGAAGUGCAGCCGUUGUGAUUUUGUAGCAAAGUGGCCGGCUGAAUUGCAAAAACAUGCUGUCUCUCAUUCUGAAGAACGUCCGUUUAUAUGUAUGGUGUGUGGUUCGACUUACAAAUGGAAGUGGGAUUUAGUGAAGCAUUUUGAGAAAAGUCAUUCGACUCUAACUAACCCCUAUAAACGUAGAGCAACAAUUUUAGGAUCUAAUAUUUCCGAGCCGACUAUUUCUAGAACAGCCGAUGCACUUGUAGAUAGCCGAAGCCUUGACUCGAUAAUUUUGCCUCCCAAGAAGAAACGUAGGUUGUCUGAAACUGACUUGACAGCAAUUCACUCGAAAUAUUUAGAUUUGGAAAUGAGAAGCGACAAUUUUCGUUUUCCCAGAUUUUCACAUAGCAACAGAUCUUCUCCCCUAUUCUUUCGUGAAAGGUCAUCCUCUGUUCCACCUUAUUUGAAUAACUUUCCCGAAAGGAUUCGCUACAACGAAAGAGACUCUGAUGAUAACAGUAUGCCUGGUCUUCAGAUCACCAAUGUCUAUUCUUUAGUGAAAGACAAAACAUCCAGCUCUCAGCCUGACUCUUUGGAAAGUUCAUCAUUAUAUACUUCUAGUAUCCAGCCAACCAUUGAACGCCUGACAGGCUGUUCGGAUCAAUUUUCAUCUUUUGAAGAGCAACACAAAGCUGUCAAUGCUGCUCUAAGACAACGUAUCAGUAUGUCUUCAAAUCGCAAUAAGCGCCUGUCUUCGGUAAAUCCCAAUGAGAAAGACAGAUCCUGUGCUGAUAUUCUUUUGCCGUACAAGUGUACAUUGUGCCAGUAUCGUGCACGUUGGCCAUCAGAAAUAACUCAACACAUGAAGAACCAUUCAGACGAGAAACCGUUCUGUUGUCCCGAAUGCAGCUAUAAAAGCAAGUGGAAAUGGGAUGUCGUGAAACACAUGAAACGAUGUGGCGGAGGAACGGUGAAGGAUGUCAUCGACAACAGCAAGAUGAAGUUCGGACCACCCAAUGUUGUGGUUACAUUAAGAGAAGAACCAAAUGAUAACGAGAAAAUGACAAAAGCACCAAGUAAUCUUUUGAUUAAUGGAGAUGCUAACCAGUUUUCUUUCAAGCCUAUUAUUCCUGGUAAAAUACCUCCUGUGAUUAUUGAUAUAUCAGAUAAAGUGUCGACUGAUGUUGUUGACCCACCAGCUAAACCACCCUCAGUUUUAGACUUAAGAAAGGAAUCAGUUUCCAAACCAAAUCCAUAUUUCCGUGACUUAAUAAAUAAUGGUUUAUAUCAUUGCUUAGAAUGUCAGUUUGUUGGUCAUAGUCCUGCUGAGCUGAAACGACAUGCAUACCUACAUUCUGAAGACAAGCCAUAUGUUUGUGAAGUUUGUACAUAUAGCUCUCGUUGGAAAUGUGACCUUAAAAAACACAUCCGUACAUAUAACCAUUAUGGUUCUGGCAAUGGUUCCCAAAUCGAUAAUAUACGGAAGCAUUCAAGUCCUGACGUAUUCGGAGAUGUAUCAGUAUCAGAGGAACCCAAAGUUUACAAGUGCAAUCACUGCUUUUUUGAAUCCGAUUCUAAACUAGCACUAGAUCAGCAUACAGAGACCCACGAGAAAGAAACCGUGAAACACCGUUGUUCAAAAUGCAACUUCGUUUCAGACGAUUCCUUUAUUUUCUCCCAGCAUCAAUUAACUCACGAGAACACCAGUACUUCAUCGGAUCCGGCUGCACAACCUCCAGUAGCAAACACUGCAAAGGUUUCAUCUCGGACUCGUCACCUCAAGAACUGCCGUAGACCCAUCAAACAAUACCACUGUAGUAAAUGCCCGUAUGUAUGCUUAGAUGACAUGGAUUUGGUUGUACACAAAGAAGGACACAAACCUCAAGGUUCCAAUGCAUUCCAAUGCUUCUUCUGUGAUUUCAGUGUCCAUCAGAAAAUACAGUUAAUCAACCAUCUUUAUCUUCAUCCAGAGUUUGAAACAUCAGAUAAAUCCAAGUUGAAUGAAAUUCUUCACUAUUCCCAACUUUUAGAUGUCUGGCAAUCUAAUAAAGAUAACGAAGAUAUGGACUUGACUUGUGACGAUUCUUUGGAAUAUUAUUCUAACUCUGGCAAUUAUGACUUCAACAGAGGGAAGAAACUGGAUGCGAAUGACUACAAGAGGGAAGAGACAGAAAUGGAAGAGAAAGAAAAUAGGUUCAUAAAUGGAAUGUCUCCAAUGCAUGACAUGUCUUUGAAACGUCUACAGUGUGAAUGGUGUGAGGCGGCGUUUGCUCACAUCAGUACUCUUUACCAACAUGCCCGAUCUGUACAUCCAAUUUUGCUUCAACAACAAGAGUACGAAAACAACAUAAAGUACGAUGAUCUACCUCCCCCACCACCGCCUCCCAACUAUAAUGGUGUUGCAGUGAGUCAGAAUUCAGCAUUUAACCCGAUUCUACCUAAAGUUACUCAGACUCCUAAAAAGGUCUUACCUACCCAGCUUACUAAGCCCCAAAAGAAUCUGAGCCCUGGAAAGACUGGUGGUCCUUUUAAAUGUCAGAAAUGUCCUUUCAUUGGUGCCAGUUCAAAUACGUAUUCUCGCCACAUGGAAAGGCACGGCAGCAACUGUAAGCACACCUGUUUGUACUGUGAUUACAGUAUUGACAGACUUAAUCUGCUACAUCAACACAUGCGUGGCAGUCAUGGACAUGAUGUGAAACAGUCACCGUUGAACAGCUCUGCAUCAGAUAAAACUUCACCCAAUGGACCUCAUAAACAAGAAAUGGGAAGUAGAGUGAUACUGUCGACACCAACCUACAUUCAGAAAAGUGAUGGAAGCAGCAGCGAAUCUCAUUUAAGACCCAUAGCUCCCAAACCUGUGGAAGGCUCACAUCCUGAGAUUUCGCCAUCUUUACCUAUUCUUGAAAAUGGACCAAAUGGAAAGUAUAUGUAUAGAUGCCCAAAUUGUUCUUUUUGCAGCCCCAAAGUUGCUAACACCUCAGCACAUAUUCGUACUCACUAUAUCAGCCAUAAUUUCGCAGAUACUAAGAAAUACGGAGAGAAAGUACCCGAGUUAAGCUACACCCCUUACCUCUCUGAUACAACAAAUAAGAAAUUCAAUAAUAAAUUAAAUAACCCAAUGAAUGCAAGACCAUUAAAUUGUGAUUGCAGUGACAUGUCAAAUCUGUCAAAGACUCACCAACCUGCGAAGAUUCCUCCAAAGAAUAUGCUGCUCUGUCUACAAUGUCCAUUUAAGACGACCACUAAAGAAUCUUUGCAAGAACACCAAGAAUUUCAUGGUUAUAAAGGUCAGUAUCGCUGUAGUGAGUGUAAUUUUAGUGUUGAUCAUGUCAACCUUUUCUGUGACCAUUCUGCUUUACACUCUGCCAGCAACUACAACAGCAACCAGAAUCCCAGUAAUAAUGAUAACAACAACAACAUUAACAGCAUCGGUAACAACAACAACAACAAUAAUAAUAUCAGCAGUAUGAAUACUUCCCAAAUAAAUUACAGGUCUAACGAAGGAGCUAAUAACAAAACUAAUUCACAAAAGAUGGGUGGAGACCACUUUCAUCCUAAAUACGACAACAAUGAACGGCGUGGUAAGUUGAACCUACAACAAAUGUUAAAGCAAGUGAAAAUGGCUGGCAGAGUGCGGUACAAGUGUUCGCGUUGUCCAUAUCGAACAUGCUGCAAGAAUAAUAUCAUAAAACAUCGUAAACAGCACAUAGUGAACAGUCGUUACAAGUGCCAAUACUGUAACUAUAGCGCUGCACGCAAGUACUUGUUACAGCAGCAUCUAAAAUUUCAUCGUGAUGAAGCCAGCGAACAAGAAAAAGAAUUCCAAGAUGUCGUACUCGAUCCUUACGAUGAGAAUUCUGUGAAAACUCUCAAGGAAUCAUCUGAUUAUAACAAAGACUUGUUGACCCCAAAAUCUUUUGAUAAUUUUAAUAGAAGAAGGAAACCAAGCUCAGGUGAAAGUACUUCCGUCCCAGUGUCUCUAAUGAUCAGAGCCAAUACUGAACGAGAUGGUGAUGAACAAAGUGAUAUGCUUGAAGAUGAAGAAAAACAUUUGUCUGAUGAUCAAAACUAUGAAAGCAAAAGGCGAAACUUUCAUUGCAGUCUUUGUCCGUUUAGUUGUAACACUGCAGUUGUAUUUCAAAGACAUUCCCAGUUCCACAAUUCCAGCCUAAAGUACAAAUGUGAUUUUUGUAAUUACAGUGUUGAUCGGUUUAACCUGUUGACUCAACAUUCCCGUCUUCAUUCACAACAAACGAAUUAUCCACCGUCGGCUUCUCCUGAAGAUAUGCCAGUCAUGGAUUUCUCAUCACCUUCCUCCUCUUUCUCAUCACAUAAUGCCUACAUGAACCAAAAAUCUUCAAAAGAUAACACUGACAGGAAUAUAAACCUGUCUUUAUUGGAUGAGCAAGCAAUGGGCAGUGAAAAGUUCCAAAUGCUUGAGAUGGGUUCUGAAGGUAACGAGGAAGCAAUGCGUUACCACUGCAAACUUUGUCCUUAUAUGUCUAAUUCUUUAAAAAGUUAUAACGUCCAUUCAAGCAUGCAUGGCUGUGAAGGCAAAUACAAAUGUGAUUACUGUGAUUGGAGUGCUAACCGUUUAAAUCUACUUAAUCAACACCGCAAGGUUCAUUCUAGGGAGCCAAAUUUCGACCCCAAUCCAGAUGAACUGACAUUCCUUAACAGAGAAGCUCUUUUGCAAUCUACAACUGAUGCGAGAAGUUGUAACAAGCUAAAAAAUGUCGAUGCACGACAUCUUAUCAAUCCCAAAACUAAGAAGUGUUACUCGUGCAAAAUAUGUCCAUUUUCCUGCAAUAAUAAAAGCUCUUUUUUUCUUCAUCUCGGUUUACAUCGCAACCCAGCUCGCUAUAAGUGUAGUCAGUGUUCUUAUAGCGUCAGUCGGUGGAAUCUGUUGCAACAGCAUGAAAGAACUCAUUUAUCUGAAAACGAAGGGUGCAAUUCUGUUGAUGCUAAUGGUGUUCAGAUGAAUACAAAAACCAAUCAGGGAACUCUCAAAGCUAGGUUGCGCUGUCCUAAGUGCCCUUAUCAUUGUUAUGCUCAGCAUUUGUUGGAGACUCACAUGAAAAUGCAUGAACCUGGCGAACGGUGUGUGUGCAACUACUGUGACUAUAGCACUGAAAACUGGGAGGCAUUACAGAAACAUAUGGAAAUUCAUAAUGGAAUCACCAAUCUGUUGUGUUCUACUUCCAAGUUAGAUUCCUCUACACUGGAACAAGCAGCUGGAGAUGAGGAGUGUGACAACGAAAACUCUUUAAGAAGAAAGUACAGUAGCGAGAACGAGUGUGAGGAUGGAUAUCGCUGUGACCAAUGCCCUUUCACCACACCAUCCCUGGAUAUAUUGCAACAACAUGAGUCUCAACAUGAAGACAUUGACGACUCGACUUCCUGCAGUUACUGCCAGUUUACCUGCAGAAAAGAAUCUGAAAUGGAGAAACAUAUGACAACACAUCAUUACGACCAGACAUAUAAUGAAGAAGAAGAAGAAAAAGAAGAAGGAAAUAGGCUUGGGAGGACAGAAAACAAAUCAGAAGAACAUGCAGCUGAAUUAGGUUGUCGAGUUUCUGAAACUAGCCAAAAUAAUGAUGAUUGUGUAAACACUAAGUUAGAAAGUAGGAGUAGUCCGACUGAAAACGAACUGAAAAUUAACGAGACAGGUGAAGGUUCACCUGUUGAAGAAGAAGAAGAAGAAGACAGCAACAAUCUAAUUGAUGAUAGUCCAACAUCUGCAAAAUCAAAAUUAGGUUCAACUUCUUUUGAAUGUCAGUAUUGUGACCGUGGAUUUGAUGAUGAAACCUCCAUGCAGGAACACGAAAAGCAUCAUUAUAAAGCUUAUGACUCCAUCCAGCAAUAACUCAAUUUUAUACUCACUUAACUCUUAAGUUCAUGGUAAUCCUAUAACCCGGGGUAGAAGCUACCUGAUGCUCAUUGCAUAUCAGAAACCCUUUAAUGAGCAAAACAUUGGCUUCGACUGUUUUAUAUUUUGUCUGAAUCGGGUUUGAAAUUUACCUUGUUCUUAUGGUAAUUAACAAAUCAAGACAUGGCAAGUCUCUAACUAAAAUCACUCCAUUUCGUUCUCGGUAAGAAAUGGUUUAUCCUUUGAAUUAAGUCCGCUUCUCCAACAUGAUUACUUCCCUUUCGCGUGAUGCCACCAAGCAAUUUUCUUUUUCAUUUUUUAUUUUUUUUAUUUAACUUAAUUACAUUCCUUCUGUGUUUAGCCUAUGAAGAAAAAUUUAAAAAAAAAACAUAACAUUCUGUCUUAUCGUGCACAGUUUGCUCAAGAGAGAUGCUUCAUUUGUGAACAAGAACAAAAAAAAAAAAAAACUUUCUGUUUUAUUUUAGAAUCAUUGUAAAGCACUUGCAUUUUUUUCUCCCUCACUUUCACAUCAUAUUUCACUGAUACUAACAAAUUUUUGGACAAUAUUUUUAGCCUCUUUACUUGGUAUGAAGAAACCUCUAAACUUGCAAUGGUAGUGUUGUCAUAAUGAUUCUUAAAACAAGAUUAAUAUUGAUUAAGAAUCUGGUGCCAAUUUUACGUGACUUUCAACAUGGCACGAAUUUUAAAGUUAACCAAACAGAAUUUUAAAGUUAACCAAAAUUUUCUCUAUCCUGCUGCAGAACUUGAUGAAAAUGAAAUAUAAGUAUUUUAGAAUUACAAAUACAUAUGUUUAUAGCAGACAGGCUUUUACCAUCUUGUUGAAGAUAAUUCAGAGACCACACUAUUGAUUCAUGCAGAUGUUUGGAGUUUUUAAAAGUUAUUCUUAAAAAUAAUGAUACAGACAGACAAACAAGCAUUAAAAAAACUGUGGUGAAUCAAAUUAGAUUUCCUAAAUCAAAAUUUUUUGAAGAAUUACAGUCAGUCUGAAAAGAAUAAUAGUAUCAAUAGCCAUUCUUAUUUUAAAAGAAUUGAAAUUCUGCGACUGAUGUCAAGUGAUUAAAUGCUAAAGAAUGAUUAUUAAAAUACAAGAGUAAAAGUUCCCUGGAAUAUUCUGAAAUUUUAGGUUGCAUUUUUGGUAUCUGCAGUCAGAAUUACGGGACACUUAUGUAUGUAUAUAUAUGUAUGUAUAAAAUACUUGAAAAGUCUGUUGAAUUUUUUUGGAUUAUUGGAGAAACAAAAUAUUAGAGCACACAAUUUUUGGCAGUAUUCUUUGAAGCAGAAUAAUUUCAACAAUGAUAUAAAUCUUCAAGCCAAGAAUCUAAAAAAAAUCUAGGAAAAAAAUGAUAAAAAUUCUGCAAGUUCUACAGACUUAGGCGAAUAAAAAAAAAAAGAAAAAGGAAACCUAACAAUUUAAUAAACUUCUUUGCAGAUUAUUUUGUAAAUGCUGUUAUUACACAUUUAGUGCCUUUGCAAUGCAUCAGGGAAGUGAUUUGAAGAAAAUAAUUUUUUUUUUUGUCUUUUUGAAUUUUUGAGGAAAAAAACCCAAACACAAAAAAAAAAACAACAGAAAAAUGUUAAAAAUAAACAAACUAAUAGAAUCACAAAUAUAAAUAGAAAAAAAAUUAAAAAAAAAUUGAAUGAAUGAAGAGAAAAUAUUAAAAAAAAAAGCAACAAAGAAAUACAAAAAGAAAAGAAGAAACUUUGUAAAACUAACCACAUUCCACUUGAAAUCUGAAACAUAUCUGACUGUUGAUUGUAAGAUAGAAGAAUAUUAGAAUUCGGUUGAUUGUUAUUGCUACUAAUAGUGCUGACUUUUCUACAGACCUUCAUUGUUUUAAUUCUGUCAUUAUUAUUAUUAUUGGUAAAUUUUAGAAUUUUUUUUUAAAAACCAUUUUCAUUUUUUUCCCCUCCUCUCCAGUGAGGCGGGAAACAUUCCUCCUUCGUCCCCCUUCAAAAAUUAUGCACCCAUACACACACAAACACAAAACCCCCCCCCACAAAACAAUUAUAUAUUUUUCUUUGACAAUUUUUUAAAUUCCUUUUCACCAUUCCAUCAUGUAUGCAUGUGUGUGUAUGUGUGUGAUCAGUUGCUGCUUCCAACUGCAGGCUCUUCAGUGGUGCCAAGCUCACAAACAACUGAUAUAUAUCUAUAUAUAUAUAUAUAUAUAUAUAUAUAUAUACACACACACACACACACAUACACACACAUGUAUAAAUACAUGCUUUGGUUUUUUUUAAUGACUAGUUUUUUUUUAACCUUUUAUGCAUUUAUUUACAUUAUUCUACUAAAUCUUUCUAAUCAGUUAUCCAUAUUUAUGUACGUGUGUGUGUGUACAUGUGCCAUUAUUACGCAUUCAUAACUUAGUUUGAUUUGUGCUCACGCAUACACACGCACUCACACCCAUAUAUAACUCUGCAUGUACUGGAUGUGUUAUAUGAAUGUAUGUGUGUGUGUGUGUGUAUUACAUAUGUGUAUAUAUAGUCUGUAUUUUAAAAAUACAUACCCAGCUCAGCAUAGUAAGUUCUCUGCUUCUGGGAAGUUUGAUUUUUUUUUUUCUCUCUGUGUUAUAGAAUAAAUAAUUGUCCAAAUUCUUUCACAACAUUCCACUUUGGUGAGAGUUAGCCUUUUUCAAACUUAAUUCAUCAUAUUAUUUCAUUAAAGUUAAUGAAACGAUAACUUUUUUCCCUAUCUCUCUCUGUCCUUUUGAAAGAAAAACGAAAAAGGUACAUUCCAGUUUCAUCCUUGAAAGAUGAUGCAUAUCUUUCAGAUUCUUUGAAUCCAAAAAGAAAACAUGUUACUUAAUGUAGAAUCGAGAGCAGCUAAACUGUUUUAAACAGCAGUGAAAAUAUUUCAAGUUGGACGAUGACAUUAAAAUGUGGACAAAAAACACAACACACACCCUGUCUGUUUGUCUAUCUGUCUGUCUGUCUCUCUUUGAUACAUACACACACACGAACACAAAUCUCAUAUUAUUUCAUCAUUAAUAAUCAAAAUAUUUCAAUAAUUAUUAUCAGUCAUCAUGACCAUGUUAACACCGUUCGUUUCUGUUACCCAUAUUUUCAUUUAUUUAAUUCUUAUAUUUUUUAAGUAAUUUCUUUUCCUUUCUAUAACAACAAUAUUAGGGAAAGUAUUUUUUAAGCUCAUUCUCCUUUUUUUUCUUCGUUUUCACUUGGGGUGGGGGUGGAUAGGUAGAAUAGACAGAUUGGUGAAUGAUAUGCCUUCAUUUUGUUCAUUCCUUUUCACAUCUGUUUCUCUCCUCCACCUCAUGCCACAUAGGUUAGACAAUUAUAAUUAUAUUCUAUGUAAUUAUGUCCCUUUGCAGUCCAAGUUAGCAUUUGGCUGGCUUGUCUUUGAUUUUCUUCUGUGAGGUUCAGUAAAAUGAACUCGCUGUCAGAUACUGAUGUCAGUUUAAUUGAUUUCAGCCUCCUCCUUCACUGUAGUAUGCAACUGUUGCAUCAUUAUUUACUGUCCACUUUGCCAUGCAUGCAUGGGUCAGAUAGAAUUAGUUGAGGCAGAUUUUGUUAAAGCUGGGAUGCCUUACUUGAUGCCAACCUUCAACUCUUUCCAGGUUAGUUAAACACCUUCCUAUAGCUAGACAGGUUUUUCACAGAAGACUGGAGACAAACAACUUUGCUUGUAUGACAGUGAUUUUCAUUUACAACUAUCUCAUGGUGUCUACACAAGGUUACACACAAACACAUACACGCACACAGUAAACUUCUUCCAGUUUUUGUCUACCAAAUCCACUCACAAGAUUUUGGUUGGGGGCUAUAGUAAAAGAUAAUUUUCCAAGGUGUUGCACAUUGGGACUGAACCUAAGACCAUGUGGUUGAGAAGCAAGCUUCUUAACCACACAGUUAGAUUAGCAGGAUUAGGAGAGUGACAGAUUAACAUUCCUUGCAGGCUGAUGAUCCUUUAUGGGUUUCAAAUCCUGAUGAUUCUUGUCUUGACUUUUCAUUCUUCUAGAGUUGGUAAAACAAGUUUAAUUAAUUACUCAGCUUAAUUAAUCAAUUAGACUUCUCUUUAAAAAUGUCUCGUCUUGUACCUGUAACAAAACAUUAGGAAAUACUUUUCAUACUGGUUUUUCCAUAUGUCUGUCUUGAUCUACUCCUUUUUGCUAAUCUUUACUCACUUUUUUCAUUAAUCUUUACUCACUUUUUUCAUUAAUCUUUGCUCUUUUACUUGUUUUAGCCAUUAGACCGUGGUCAUGCAGGGGAGCUACUAUGAAGAAUUUUAGUUGAACGAGUCAAUCCUUUUAUUGAUCUCUUUUGCCGAACCACUAAGUUACAGGGACACAAACACAAACAUAUAUUUGAUAGGCUUCUUUCAGUUUCCAUCUACCAAAUCCUCUCACAAGGCUUUGGUUAACCCAAGGCCAUAAUAGAACACUCUUGCCUGAGGUGCCAUGCUUUGGAACUGAACCUAGAACCAUGUGAUUGGGAACCAAAAUUUUUACUACACGCCAAUACCUUCACCUAAUUUUUAAUUUCUCAUUGCAAAACAACUAAUUCCUUCAGUUAAUUAUUUUGAAUUAUUUUUUUCUAUUUCCUAUUGUUGACAAUAGUUGAACUGUGCAUCAUUUAUCUACAACUUGUAUCUAGAUUUAUACAAACCCAAACU